AUGCCCAUUUAUAAAGAAGAUGAGGACCAAUCCCAGAUAAAGCAAGAGAAAGAACAUGAUUAUCAGGAGAAGAGUGUAGAUGACUUGGACAUAGAGGAAGCCAGAAUCAGAGGAAUGUCUCUGGAUUCACCAAGAGAUUCUGGUAAUCGUACUCCAGAUUAUGAUAAAAUACAGGAGGAAGAAAAGGUCUAUGGAAGAAAGAUUGAUGCCUAUUCCUCAGAAGAAGAAGAUCUUAAUGGUCCUGACAGUACAAUUGUGGAGGUUGAGAAUGAUGAAGAUCUUCAAAAAGCUGCCAUGACAAUUAAGAUUAAAAAGGGCAACAGCCAAUCAUCAGGUGAAAAAUCUCGAAAAGAUCAAAUUAAAGAUGUCAAACACAGCCAGAUGAAGACUAGCAAAUCAGCCCCUUCAAAUACACCUGGAGGUGGAAAGAAAAAGACACCAGAAACCAGGAAAAAAACAGCAGAAUCAUCUGAUUCAGAAGAACUGACUCCACGACGACAGCAAGUCUUGACUCCACUAUCCACAGAUCAAAAAUCUAGGACACCUAGUCCACAAAAUAAACCUGGAUCUCCAAUUCACAAACAUCUUGAGGGUCAAACCAAAUCCAAAGGUUCUCCAAAGAAGGAGUCCAAACCUGCUUCACCUGUUAAAAAACCAAGCCCAGUGACUUCACCUGAACUUCUCCACACUGUUUGGGAUGAGGAGUCUGAAGUCGUCCAGUCUCCUGAUGAAGAUUGGAACCAAAAGAGGCAGAACUUCAGCGAACAAAUAAUGAAAGAGUUUGGAAAAAAGGCAGAAGACUCAACCUACAUGGCCGAUGAUGAAGACACAGAGAGAACUGAACAAAGCCUGGACAGAGGAACAUCCGAGGCUAGAAAUGAACGUGUUGCAGGGGCCAUUAUUGAUACUUUUGGAAAAGAUGCAGAACAAAAUGAAGAGGCUAACUCUCCUUCUAAGUUGCCACUCAUUGCAGAAGCUAUUCUUAAAAAUUUUGGGAAUGAUCCAAAAGUAUAUGAUGACGAUAGCCAGAAACGUGUAGCCAGCGCUAUUAUUGAUACUUAUGGGAAAGAUUCAGAAGCUGCUAAUGCUCAAUCUAAAGAUCAACGUAUCACUGGGGCUAUAAUUGACACUUUUGGACAAGAUAAAGAAGGUGAUGCUCAAGAAGGGAAUAUUGCAGAUCAGAUACUGAAGCAAUUUGGAGGAAAUUUGGAAAGUGAGCAUGACUCUAGUCAAAAAAUCAAUAAUGAAGACUCUCAACAACUGGAUCCAGAAAAGCAUAAAAGAAUUGCUGACGAAAUGCAGAAGCAUUUUGGACAAGAUCCAGUGAAGCCAAAUCUUGAAGAAGACCAGCCCACUAGUGGACGAAUUAGUGAGGAGAUUUUAAAACAGUUUGGAGGAAAAGAUAAAAAUGAGAGAGUUGCAGAAGAGAUAGUGAAACUUUAUGGACAGGAUAAGGACAGUUCUUCUGAUAAACCGAAAAAAUCAAUCAGUGAAAGUAGGGAAUGGAGAAAAGAAACAGAAGUUAAACAAACAAAAAAUGAACAACGGCCUUUAGGAUCAAAUGACCAAAAUUCGGAAUCCACAACAUCCACUGAAAAGGAAAUUCUGGCCAGGAAAAGAGAAUCUCAAGAAUUUUUUCAGCCUGCUAUUGAAAAAAAAUAUCAGCAACAAGAAGCAACGAAAUCAAAAAUAAGUAUCUCUUCAAAAAGUGAGGAAGAAAAAACAAAUUUGAAAUCUAAAUCUCUGACAGUAGAGAGUUCCGAACUGUCCACUUCUACCCAGAGUUCAGCUAUAACACCUGACACCACAACCGAGCCCACCACAACUCAGGAGUCAUCCACAGCAACCAAAACUGAGAGCUCAACAACCAAACCAACAACAUCUGUCUCUGAUUCUGAAGAUACUAGCUCUGAUUCCGAUUCUGACACAACUUCUGAAAGUGAUUCUGAGAGUUCUUUGACUAGCAGCAGUUCUAGCGAUAAUGACACAGCAACCAACACUAAUACCAGUGCCAGAACACCACGACCACCAGACAAUGGGGUCAAAACGGAACAGAAACAGCAAAAUAUUGAACCAGGCCAAACAAGCGAUGCAACUGUGACUAAUAAAGAAAGUGAAGCCAAUGAAGACCAAAAUAAGGAAGGAUCAAAAGAAACCAAUGUAAAACCCAUUAAGUCUGUGACUUUCAGGAAUACUCCGGAACCGUUCACAUACCAUGUCAGCGACACUGAGAGUGAAAAUAUGCAAUAUGGAGGGAAUGAUCCAGAUCAAGUUGGAGAUGGGGAACCUGGACAACGACCUGCUACCUCUAUGAACACAAGCGUUAAAUUACACGGUGGUAGUAUUAAACACUUGCUACAAGAUGAGAACGAUAUACAUUUGGACAGUAUCUCUUUAGAUAAACAUCAG